UGACCAUGACGGCUGUGGAUCCCCCUCCCCCUACCCUGCCUUUCUCCUUGAUCGCCGCCCCACCCCACCCGGCUUCUUCCCCCGCCGGCGCCGCCCCACCAGCAUCUGGCAUCUUCCACCGCAGGCGCCCUGCACCAGUCGUCUCCCUCCCCACCUUCUUCCACCUCAAGGAGACGGGAUCCGGGCCGGCAAAACGUGCCCCUGCGCGGCCACGACCAGCCCCAGCUGCGACAUCCCGGUACAUGGCGGCAUGCUGGGAGAUGGAUCGCGACGGAGCGGCGGUCGUCCAUGCCGUGGCGACGCGGGGUCGCGCUCCUCCUGGAGAUCAGCCCGGCCGGCGGCGCCGGCCAAACCUCUCCUAACCCCGGAUCCACACCUCCCCGGCGGGGAUCAGGUGGAGCGAGGCCGGGUCGAUGCGGGUGGUGCCUGCCUUGCACUGCAGAUCCCCACGGCGGUCCCUCCCCGCGUCGACGAGCACCAUGACUGCGAGAUCUCGCCUGGCCCUCCCUUCCUCUGCUUCCUCUGCUUGCCGUACACUUUGUUGCUCCCUCGCAAGUCUCUCCCCCUCAAUCUGCAGAUCACCGGCAGCGCCCCAUUCCAUGUCGCAGUUUGUUUCGGUCGUCCACACCAUAGAUCAUGGAGCCAUGGUCCAUGCAGUCGAUUUUGCGUGCUGUUACAGUCAACCCCACGGGCACAGGAGGACCUUGGCGUGACCGGGCUACGGUGGUAUCACGUCAGUAUGCUUACGGCGCUGCCGAUGCACGCAUAGGACCAGGUCGUUGCUGGAGCAGCCCACAUGAUGGGGGCACGCGGCCAUCGUUGACUCCACAAGCAGUACGCUUUGGGUACUAUGAGUUGUGCAAAAAGGCCAGCGACACGAUUGCAUUGGUAUUUUUGUUUUUGAGUUGAGUCAAAUACAGGAACCUAUGUGUCAAAAUUGAAAAUAGAUGUAGUUUGAUGCAAGCUCUCAUGUGGUUUACUUUGCAAAAGAAAAAACCAUAAACACUCGCA